AUGAAUGCAUAUCUAUCUAUCUAUCUAUCUAUCUAUCUAUCUAUCUAUUUACCUAUGCAUAUCUACCAAUCUGUCUAUCUACCUACCUCUGCAUAUAUGUCUAUGCAUAUUUAUCUAUUUAUCUAUGAAUUUCUAUCUAUCUAUCUAUCUAUCUAUCUAUCUAUCUAUCUAUCUAUCUAUUUACCUGUGCAUAUCUACCAAUCUGUCUAUCUACCUACCUCUGCAUGUAUGUCUAUGCAUAUUUAUCUAUUUAUCUAUGAAUUUCUAUCUAUCUAUCUAUCUAUCUAUCUAUCUAUCUAUCUAUCUACUUACCCGUGCAUAUCUACCAAUCUGUCUAUCUACCUACCUCUGCAUGUAUGUCUAUACAUAUUUAUCUAUUUAUCUAUGAAUUUCUAUCUAUCUAUCUAUCUAUCUAUCUAUCUAUCUAUCUAUCUAUCUACUUACCUGUGCAUAUCUACCAAUCUGUCUACCUACCUACCUCUGCAUGUAUGUCUAUGCAUAUUUAUAUAUUUAUCUAUGAAUUUCUAUCUAUCUCUAUCUAUCUAUCUAUCUAUCUAUCUAUCUAUCUAUCUUACCUGUGCAUAUCUACCAAUCUGUCUACCUACCUACCUCUGCAUGUAUGUCUAUGCAUAUUUAUAUAUUUAUCUAUGA